AUGGCUAAACCGGAGUAUGUACCAUCUAACAUAAGAGAAAGUACAAGGUUCUAUCCUUACUUUAAUGAUUGUAUUGGAGCUAUUGAUGGCACACACAUCUCAGCAAUGGUAGUUGGACAUGAGGAAUGUUGUUCAGAUGAAUUUCCUCUAGAUCCAAAAGAGGACCCCAUACCCGAUCAAGAAAAUAAUUUUGAAUGGAAUGAUUUUCAAACCCAAGAACAGCAUAGAGAUAGUGCUAAUGAAUGGAGAAUGAGUAUUGCCAAUCAUAUGUGGGAAGAUGUCAAACCAAAUGUUCAACAAAAUGUCAAUAAUGAAAACGAUGACAACAAAGAAAGUGAUGAUGAAGGAGAAAAAUGA